GCCCUGGACGGCUUCUUCUUUGUGGUGAACAUGGAGGGUAACAUAGUGUUUGUGUCUGAGAACGUCAGCCAGUAUUUGCGCUACCAGCAGGAGGAGCUGAUGAACACUAGUGUCUACAGCGUCCUGCAUGUUGGAGACCACGCAGAGUUCAUCAAGAACCUUUUGCCCAAGAGUCUGGUCAACCAUCGCAGCACAGAUUCCUCCAACAGGAACAGCCACACCUUCAACUGUCGUAUGUUGGUCAACCCUCACGCUGACGGUGAAGCUCGCCAUGGAGUCGACCAGCAAGAUGCAGCACAGCAGAAGUAUGAGACCAUGCAGUGUUUUGCCGUCUCUGAACCAAAGUCCAUCAAGGAAGAGGGGGAAGAUUUCCAGUCCUGUCUCAUCUGUGUGGCAAGAAGAGUUCCUGUCAAAGAGCGGCCUGUGAUGCCAGCAUAUGAGAGCUUCACAACAAGACAGGACCUUCAAGGUAAAAUUACCUCACUGGACACAAGUGUGCUGCGGGCAGCUAUGAAACCAGGCUGGGAAGACCUGGUGCGGCGUUGCAUCCAGAAGUUUCACCUGCAGAGUGAUGGGGAGAUGUCCUUUGCCAAGAAACACCAUCAAGAAGUGUUGAAGAAUGGCCACGCCCUCAGCCCUUUAUACCGAUUUUCCUUGGCAGACGGCACCAUCGUCUCAGCUCACACAAAGAGCAAACUGGUCCGUUCUUCAGCCACCAAUGAACCACAGCUCUAUAUGUCAAUGCACAUCCUACAGAGGGAAAGCAUCGGUGGUAUUGCUGCUGACAUGCCUACCGGACAGGACUCGGGGAAGUCAAUGACCCCAACUAGUGUGGGUGGGUCUUUUCCCUCACCUGAUGCCAGCGUAACCAGCAACAGCCAUCACUCCACAGGAGGCUCAAACACACCUGGACGGGGUUUCGGGUCUGUCUCAGGAAGGGCAAGCACACCUCAGGGAAACUGCUAUACUCUCAAGCUUGGCAGCCCUUCUGGCCAAGGAAGCCCCAGCGUCACGUCAGGGGUCCAGAGUGCCAUGCUGUCUCCACGUCACCGCCAGAGUCCCAGCACUGUAGCCAGUAGCAGCAGUUGUAGUAGCCCUCAUAUCCUCCAUCAUCCGCCCGGAUCGUUCUCUCCUGCAGCUGGUUUGCACUCUCCACCAUCGGUUUGCAGCACCACAGGAAAUAACCAAAGUUUUAACUCCCUUAGUGCGCUGCAAGCUCUUAGCCAAGGCACCCGGAUUUCACCAGGCCUCAAUGAGGGACAGCAUCUAGAAUCACCUGACAGAAAACCAGCAGCUCUUCAGAGUCCCCACCACAGCACUAAACCCUGUAGCCAAAUUAGCAAGAGCAGUCUUAGCUUAGAGACAGAGUUAUUUGGAACUUUUGAAGAGCAGGAAGAAUUUCUGUCAUCAAACACCCAUGAAGGUACGCAGGCAGAUGGGAAAGAUAUUGAUCCUGACGCCCUUGAAGGUAAUGGAAACAACAGAGACUUUACCGAUGUGGCAAACCGCCAUCUGAGCACCAAAGGCCACACCAAGCUGCUGCAGCUUCUCACCACUAAGUUAGAACCCUCUGAUCCUGCUUCACCAUCGGGGCUCAUGGGGGAUGACCAAAACUGUAAGGACCAGCUGUGUGGGGCCGGUCAUAACAACCAAUCCACCUCAUUAAAGGAAAAACACAAAAUUCUCCAUAGGCUGUUGCAGAACAGCACCUCACCUGUGGAGCUGGCCAAGCUAACAGCUGAGGCUACUGGAAAAGAUCCUAUUGGUCCAGAGUCUGCCUCAGGAGACAGCAUUGCUGCUCUUAGUGAACUCUGCACAAAACAGGAGCCAGAGAGCCCCAAAAAGAAAGACAAUGCAUUGCUUCGCUAUCUUCUGGAUAGGGACGACAAUGGCAUCCUUGACAAAGCCAUCAAAAUGGAAUCAGGCGAUGGACUAAAGCUAACCUGCGUUAAGACGGAGAAGCAGGACGAAGGAUUUACUUUGGCCGAACAGCCAUCUGAGCUGGAGGACCUGCUGGAGGACCUGCAAAACAGCAGCCAGCAGCAGCUGUUUCCCAGUCAGCCUCCGUCCUCUUCAUCAUCUUCAUCAGCGGUGCCAGCUGGCUCCUCUGUGGACAAACAGACCAUCAUCAGUGACAUCCUGCAGAUGAACGACACCAGCAGCAGCAGCAGCUCCCCCAGCCAGCACAGAGCCUUCCCUCCUAUCGGACCUGCAGGAAGUUUCAAUGGUGUCAGGUCAGGCCAGUCUGGUCAGGGGGCUCCUCCAGUUAGAAGCAUGUCUCUGGACAACAGUAUGGGCUCCAGCCCCACCAGGCCUCUCCCACCUCAGCACAGAAAUAAUGGCCCCUAUCCUUUGCAGCAGCAAGGCAUGAUGGGAACUCACACCAGCAUGAACCAGGCAGCAGGACCUAACACAGCAGGCCUUCGUGGCUCCAUGCAGCAAGGCUGGGGUCCCCAUGCUCCAACAGGCGGGAACUCUGGACCAAUGAUGCCACACGGAGUUGGUCGAAUGGUACCGGGCAUGAAUCCUACACUCCCUACAAGAAGCAACGGUUCAAAUGUUUCUAGAGCUUUGGUCAACAUGCAGAUGAUGGGAAAUGACUUGGACAUGGCAGCUCCUCCCUACCAUCAACAGCAGGCUCCGCCCAAUCAGACAGCUCCAUGGCCAGACCGAAUGAUGAUGAUGGAUCACUACGGAAACCAAAGCAGGCCGCCCUAUGGCAUUCCUCAGGAAGACGGGAUUGGUUGUUGUGGCUCCGGACCUGAAGGUCAGACAGAUGAGGGUGCUCUGCUGAACCAGCUGUGUUCGGUGUUGAAGGACUAUGAGGGUCUGGAAGAAAUUGACAAGAUGUUGGGAAUACCCACUCUUGCUGGACAGGGUCCUCUUUCAGAGCAGGAGCAGUACCUGGGUCCCUUGGAGCCACCGUCUAGCCUUAAAGCUCCCCUCUACAGUCAACAGUACGGGGGGCAGCCAGGUUACGGUGGCUUACCCCCUGAUGGCGCAUAUGCUGCCCAAUCAAUCGCCGGCCACAUGGGACCUCAAAGGAUGGCACCGGCAGGCUACCCUCCUAUGAUGAGAAUGCCCGGUGCCCCAGGACCCCGGCCCCCCGGCAUGAGACCUGGUGGCCCCAAUUCAAUGGUGCCAUCGCAGCCCAACAACCUGAGGCUCCAGCUACAGCACAGACUCCAAGCCCAGCUGAACCGUCAGCCGGUGAUGAACCAAAUGGGUGGAGUCACAAAUAUGAAUCUACCUCUAAGAUCUAAUGUCUCACCCCAGGGAACUGUCAACUCUCAGAUGCUGGUCCAGCGUCAGCGCGAGUACAUAAACAACCAGUUACGUCAGCGCCAACAACUGCAGCACCAUGCACAUCAGCAGCGUGCAAUGAUGAUGCGCACUCAGGGCAUCAACCUUCCGCCAAACAUGUCCAGCGGGGGGGCUGCUCCCACGCCAAUGGCCAUGGCUGGUGCCAACCCCCGGAUGACGCAGGGAAACAUGCAGAGGUUUUCCUACCCAGCGUCCAGCUACGGUACUGGCCUGCCAUCUCCUCCUCCUCAUCCCGGCUCCUCCAGCCCCUUCUCCUCCCCUUUAUCCCCGAGUCAUCUCCUGGCAAGCCAGGGCAUGAUGGGAAACGUAGGCGGGCAGUACAGCAGCGUAAUGAGCCCUUCAUCACAGCACAGUGCCUUCCAGUUUAACACUUCAGGAAUGAGCCACCAGCAGCAACACCAGGACCCAGUGUCAUGCUUUCCCUGUGGGGCAGGGACACCGCAGAGCCCCCUGCUGUCCCCCAGAAUGGGACAGGGUCAGAGCCCCAUGUUGCAGCAAAACCAGGGCCAAACACAAACCCAAACCCAGACUCCAAACCAGGGAGGUCCGCCAAGCUACCAGACUAGCGGGGACUUGAACGGGUGGUCUCAGUCUGCAAACAUUUCAAACAGCAACAGUGGUUAUCCCCAGCAGUCCCAGUCUCAGUUCUCGACACAAUCCAGUGCUGGAAUGUACAACAGCAGCAGCAUGAAUGCAGUGUCAGGGCAGAUGGUCUCCAUGACUGAACAGGUGGGUGACAGCAACCUAAUCCUGGAACAGUUUGGAGGAAUCGAUAUGAUGAACCAAGACAGCAAUGUCAAUUCUAAUUUUUGCUGACCAUGGCUUUUUUGGAAAAGACCUAACCCACGGAGCCGUGCUAAAACCCUGACACCCAGAGAGGUCUGGAAAAAAAUAUGAAGACUUUGGGUUUCCUGCAAGAGACAAGUGUUUUUUUUUUUCAGAGGAGUAGCAAUGGAAGAAAAAAGUCAAGACAUUUGAACUCCAAGCAUACUUCUUAGUUCCUGCUUCAGGAAUUAUUCGCAAACAGAGUUUGAAGAUACUGAACUUCAAUCUGAAUAAUUCUGACUCCAAACACAAUUGUAGGAAAGUCAUGCCAAUGGCAGGAUGUUUGCUUUGGUGUUUUUCAGAAACGCAUUUAGUUAUAUAAUGUCGGUUAAAACGUUCCUCUUAGCUUCUCUCUUUCACAGAACAACCUAAUGAGACUUUAUAUUUUAUUAUGAUUUACUAAACAGUAGCUAUCACCUAACUUUAGAAUCAAUUGUAGGAUUCUUUUAAAAUAAUAUUGAUCUAUAAAUGGAAAUACCUAGUGGCGUGCACAGACAUUUUUGGUGGUAGGUGUUCAGGUUGGAAAAAGGCACCUUAUACGUUGCAUGGAGCCAAACAAGCCUGAUGCUGACGUUUAAGGAUCUUCUGUAGUCCAGAGGUAGCAAUGCCACAUUGGUGUCACUUCAAUAAAUAACAAUUUCAAAUCCACUAAUAUAAAGCCCACAAAUCCAGAAUAUCUUUAAGUCUAUUGAGUACAUAUGAUAAUUUGCAGAUGAACUAAGAUUUACACUUCAAAUAUAAAAAAAAACAAAAAACUCUAUUAUCUUAUUUCAAGUGCAUAUUAUGUAAUAAUAGUUACAAACACUUAUUCCACUGACAGAUCAUCUUAUUUCCCUGUUCAGAUUAGGGACAGAUAAGGUUAUUUUCAGAACAUUUUACAUAUUUCCAGGUCAUUUUUUGCAGUCCAAGAUAAACACAGAAAUACUAAUACUUUAACUGAAUAGAACUUUAUUAAAGUUAUUUUUACGAAUUCUUAUCAUUUGGCCUUAUGUUUGCUUUUAAAUGAAAUGUUAAACCGACUAAAGGUAACUUGUGUGCUGUAAAAAAAAAAGUCAAGUAGAUCUCAUGAAGUCCCCGACCAUUAUAGCAAAUCAAUAGUGACAUCUAUUAGAUGCUUUAAGUUCAAUCUUUUUCUAAUUUAAUCAAAGAGUUCCAUUUUAAACCACUCCUUGUGGCCCGGUAGAGGCCAUUAAAUAUGUUCUGCUAUGAAGUAACCGUUUGGAGGUAAAUACGCUAAGUUACCUGGAUGGUUACCUUGCCCUUCAUCAGGGCAAGGCUCUAUUGAGGUCAGGCUACAUGUCAGGUGAAGCAAAAUUACAUAAAUCUAGGCUCUGGGUUUGAAAGGUUUUUAAAAUCAUGAAUGCUAUUUUGGGCGAAAUACUAAAAAAACAGAAAACGAUUUCAAGAGGGGACAAACAACUUGUUUGUCCAGAGGGGAAAAGGGGAGGUACUCUGGCAUCACCUAUUGUCUAUCUGUGCACGUCCCUGGAAAUACCUAUCAGUAAUUUCAACAUAAUAAACAAAAUAAUUAGCCUUUUGUCUUAAGAAUGCAGCACAUACAACUUUUAAGAUAAUUAUUAACAGAUAACUGGUGGAAAUGCUGCCUCCAAGAAUUGUUUGCAGUAAAACAGGUACAUAAACUGUAUAUUAAAAAAAAAGUUUGGGUUUUCAGCUAAUGACACAGAUUUAUGAAGUGUGUGCAAUCUGUAGUCCAGCUGCUUACAUUGGAUGUUUGCUGUAAGGAUGUGAUACAGUUAUCUCUCUUAAAAAGAAAAAACGACGUUUGAUCUCAUAAGUUUUUGAGGCCAUGUGUUUGUGGUUGACUACUGUGUGUGAGCUAGCACGUUUGUGUGUUAAACUCUGAUUCUCACAAUUUCACACUGUAGAGAUUUAUAAAAUGAAUCUAUCAAUAUUUUUUAAACUCCUGGUUCUCUUUUAGAGCCCGACUGAACGUAAAAAGGAAACUAUAUGAAUAUUUUACAGUUAUUUAUAGAUUUAAAGAUGUUUUAGAGAUUAUUUGUACGGAUGAAAAUCAAUUAUAACUUUACGAAAUCUUUUGAAAUGGUACUUGUUGAUUUGAAAAGUAAUAUAUAUUUGAACUGCUGUUGUAUACAGGACAUAUGUCCCCUAUUUAAAGAUUUUUUUCAUAUAAAUGUGAAUGUGUAUAUUGUACAUAGAUCCUUUUACCCCUUUGUUCUUUUAGAGCCAUCAUAAAGCAGCAUUUGGAGUUGAAUAAAUGAUCAACAGAGUUAAAAUAGGCCAUGGUUUAAAUUAAGCACACUGUUUUUUCAAACAGACUUCCUGUUGGAUGUAUUUUGGGGAAAUUUGACACAAGCGAAAGACAAAGACCGGCUGCUGUAAUGUUUAGCAUAGUAGCACUGUUAGUAUGCUAACUGUUAGCAUGUAGCACUGGAAAAUGUCCAAGUUUCCAUUUCAUUUUCAAUGUUCUUAUGUUUUGACCAAAUUUGCCUAUAUGAAGUAAAUGGGUUUUUUUUCUGCCAUUGCAACUAGAAUAAAUGCACAAAAUGGAGUACUCCACAUUUUCUCUUUAAGAGGAACAGCUUUGACAUGCUUUCAUUCUUUUUAUUUAUCCAGUACAGUACAACUUCCAUGGUUUUCAGUACUGCAGUUAGGUACAGUGCAAUAUAUAACAAACCAAAACGCUCCAUCAUCACUUUACUAUGCAUGUAACAAUGUUAGCACAUAUAACUGGGAUUCAAACUCUCAACACUCUUCAUUAUUAGCUCUUACACAGCAUGUAUACUCACACAUACAUGUGACUAAAAUUAUAUUGACUGCUACUCAAAUAAUGACAGCUCAUUAACAACAAUACUUAUCUCAUGCAAUACUAUGCAAACGAUCUGUCUGCGCUGAGGAAGAUUCAAUCACUUACAGAUGCUUAAACAUGAAAGCAAAACAAACUGCCAUGACGGCAAAGAAAAAAAACGAACUAAUAGCUAUCUGAAGACUUGCAUACAUUAAUAGAGCAUCAAAACCUAAUCACUAGAUGACCUCUUUAUGAAGAAAAACCCAAAUACCCUUGUCCUUCUUUCUCAGGCAAAACAAUAUCACACCCUUGUUUUUAAUAUACACAAAUAUGAUUUGUUUUUGUUUUUUUAUUUCCAAAAUGACUGCAGCUUUUAACUUUUGGAAGAUAUGAAUUCAGUACUUGCAAUCUAAGUAUUAGCAUGCUGUGUUACAAAAAAAAAUUAUUUAUUUGAUCCUGGCCCAAACAAAUUA